CCAUGAGUAACAACGACUUGGAAAGCCAACUCAAAGAGCUUUCGUACCAUGAUCAACUUGAGGAAAAAAUACGACAUUCUACCACACAAACCACUGUCAGUAUGAUUGAGAAACAGGAGAAAGCAGAAGAUCGCAAUGUGGAAACGGCGCAACGCGAUAGCGAAGCACUGAAGACAUCAAUCAACUCUCACGAAGCAACAUUACACAGCCCUCGCGAAGCUAGUAGUCGAAGUUUCCUGGCUGUGGCAACAGCUUCAUCACCACAUCCUUUGCGAACUUCCAACAGAAAUUCUCAAUCACCGUCUUUUCGCAAUCGAGACCAUCCCUGGAAGAAAGACGUCAUUGCAUUGUCUCCUGUGGGAUGGAGGAGACAAGUGGAAGCCAUGUUACACUGCUGCGACGAGUCUCCGAGCCGCCUACAAAAACGCGAUGCCGAUAGACUUUCUUGCGAAAAAAUUGAGGCGAAAGCAAAACCCAUUGGUCAGGCUUUAGAAAAUACUGACGAAAAAUGCAAGUUGGUCGAUAAAGUAGCACAGUCGUUAGUGCCAUUUCACGACUUGGUCACUGAUCCGAAACCCGCCAUCGACAAUCUGGCCCCGACCCCAUCAGGUGGCUUGCCUACGUUGGCCACUGACGGCGACUCAGGUAUAGUAGCAUGUUCUUCGGAAGACUCUAUACUGGACAACGGCACUCCUGCACUAUCCCCAAAGGAGUCUCUCUUGGAUGAUUCCACUGUAUCUGCCGCUGAAACGCUCCUUGACGGAGACCCUGUUUCUUCAAAAGACUCGCUGUUGGAUGGGGCCAGUACAGAAUCUUUCGUGAGGAAAUCUUCCCUAACACGAUUGACAAACUUUUUGAAAGACCAACCACAAACAAAACCACUCGAUGAUGCGUUCGCCGUCUUGAAACCCAAAUCGGAAUACAACGAACGUCCCCGAGCCGGGGCUUCGGCUGUCCUCAAGUUUUGGUCUUCCACAAGCACUGAAGAGGAGGAGGAGACAAAAUCCGGGAUAGACAAAGACGGCGAUGCAGAAUCAAUGGAUCCCUUCUCUGUAAAUCCCCCGAUAAAAAGUCUGUCUGUUCGCGAAAGUCCUUUGCGCAACGAAACGAAACCACCGGAACUAGAUCCUUUCAGUAUCGACGCGGUGGCAGCCUUAGAAGUGUCUCGUGCACAACACUACGACCGCGAGCCCUCGACAUUCGACCCUUUUUGGGAAGAAACGACGUCCGAACCGGCAGUAGACUUUGGCGGCGGAAACAAUUUUUUCAGCUCGACUCCCGACCCUUUUGCCGACUUCGACGUGCCUUCCAAGCGUUCGUCGCUUCCCGUUCGAGAGUCAUUUUCUCCGCCAAUAUUUACAGUAGUUGCUUCCCAUGGCGACCCCAAUAAUUGCCAGCCUGGUGGCCAGACGGAGAAGUUCAGUCGUUUGGCUCCACCCUCGGGGUCGAUGGAUUCGGCCAGCGAUAUCGAACCCCACGUGUGGAGUUUCGAAGUGGACGAUCCCUUCGCUAUGGACCACCAAGCCAAGCCUGUUUCGACCCCGAAAUCUGUAAGCUGUCCUAUGUAGUUAAAUCGUGUGAUUGCGAUAGUAGCAAGUCUACCUAGCGAGAUUGCUUACCUUGGUAUUGUUUGACUGAUUACCUAUUUC